GGCAGAUUUGAGCCACGACAUUUAUUUUAUUUGCCAGCGACUGCUAGCUCUUGUGAAACCAGGAUUUUUAAAUGGCAAGGACUAAUGCUGCCGGGCAAAGACCGAAAGUUCAAAGGAGAAGACAUGUGGUGCAGCAUGCUUGCGGCACAAAUUGGAACAACAACCUAAGAGAAAUCGCAAGCUUACUUCCCAUUUCAGACACCAUGCAUGGAAGAGGACUCACGAAGAAAGAAACGCUGGUCCACAUGCUGUGGUACUUUGAGUUCCUCCAGACACACAUAGAGAAUCUACAGGCCCGCCUGCCCCCUGGGUGUCUACCGGUUAAUGAAACAGAAUCUGAAUCGGAGAGUGAAGACAGUAUCGUGUCUGAGCCAGAGUCUCCGCCAGCUCCUCUUCAGGCUAAACGCAAGCGCCAGCGGCAGUGUGCUCGCUCAAAGAGGGGCUCUGGAAUCCCCGCAGGGUUGCUGGUCAGCGUAAAGAGCGAGCUGGACAGCAGUGAGGUGAAGGUGGAGUUCCUGGCGGAGGAGGAAGAGCAGCGCGCCCCCAUUAGCGCCCCCAUGUGGCAGGCUGGGCACAACUGGACUGAGCCCGUGUCAGACGACUCCGACUCCGUGUCCACGAGCUCGCCAGACUCCGUGUACAGCCUCAGUCUGCUGCAGACGGGGGCCCUUGUGAACGGCGGGAACUGUUCUGCUUGUGAUGGACGAACUAGCAGUGAAGAUGGAAGUCCUGGCCAGCUUCAGUUCACUCCACCAGCAGGGUCAGCGCUGAUGUCCUUGAGAGAGCAUCUGUGCGGCGUGCUGGAGCGCGGCGAGGAGAGCAGCGCAGGCUCCACCCCUCUGAUGCCCAAGAUGGCGCCGUUCGGGACGACGGGCCUGACGCUGAACCUCAGCCCCUCCCUGCUGACCUCCCCCACGCGCGGCGUCCACCACGACCUCCUGCCCCAGGGACACGAGCACCUGCAGACUUUGUUUGAGGACGUGUGGGUUAACUGUGAGGCCAACGGCUCCAAAAUAGCGAGUGUCCAGUCCAGCCAAUCGAAUGACUCGGCCCCUGAUUGGUCAGCUCAGGGCAGGAGGCGGGGCAUGGGCGUGGCGCUGGCGUCCUGUCAGAGCGACGACGAGGAGGUGGGCCGUGAUGACGUCACCUGGACGCCGCGGCUGAUGAAGGCGCGCCAUCGCAGGAAGCCCCGAGCCAAGGCUCCACCCAAAGCCAGCGCGCCCGACGCCAAGAAGAAGUGCGUCAACGGCUUCAUCAUGUUCUGCCGCAUCAACAGGAAGCUCUACCUGCAGUCGCGGCCGGGGACCCCCUCCACCGUGGUGACCAAAGCGCUGGCCAACAUCUGGCACCACCUGCCCAAGCAGGAGCGCCGCAUCUACUGCCAGAAGGCGCGGCGCUACAGCUGCCAGGAGAACCGUAACGUGCGCGUGCAGCAGGAGGAGGAGGAGGAGGAGGAGGAGGGGGGCGAGGAGUGUGUGCCCAGUCCGCUGCACCUGCUGCUGGCCGACCGCCGCCUCUGUGCCGCCGCCCGAGGAGAGCCCUGACCACGCCCGCCCUCGCCAUGACAACACACACACACACCCCUGACCACGCCCGCCCUCGC